AUGGUGUUGUGGGAGUUAACUCUGGCAACAGCUUACUUUUUGGGACUCAGGCGGACUUAUCGGCUCGCAUUGAAGAUCCAGCGUCGGGUUGUUAGCCCUAAUCAUCCAAGGGUUCGAGAAUUUCUCCAUAGGAGGACUCAUCAGAUAUUUGAUGUAGCACUUAGGGUCCACAAGAACAUACAACAGAGAGACAUGGACAUUGGUCGGAACCUUGGAAACUGGAUUCUUAGAGGACUCGACCGUAUGAAGCCAUCAGCUCAGGUUCUGCGUCCAAAACAGAUAGAGCCAAGCGUGGGCAAGGGGAAGAGAUUAUUAGAUUCAACACGUCUCAAACCGCAUGCAACAAACACGAAGACUCCUCAGAGUAAUGAAGUUGGUAGGCACUUGUUCAUGUCCUUGAGGAACCUCCGGCCCAAGUUUUCACCGACUAUCUCGAUGAUGAUGAAGAUCAAGCCGCCAAGAUUCACUGGAAGUACCACUCAGUACAGGCCUUUCAGUGAUUCCAGUCUUGUGAAACCGAUCUAUGCUAGAGGUGGGUUUGAUGGUGUUAUCAGGAAGGAUAUUUUAGAGUGGAUGGGGCAGAGAUGA